ACAUGUAAACUCAUAUCAGGAACCUCAAAAUCUGAUCUGGUUUUGUGGAUACAAUAACAGUGAAAUUUCUAAUUUCACGAUGGUUUCCAUCAUCGUUAAAGGUUUCUCACCGGAACUGUUGACAUCCAUCUCUGUUUUGUUUUGUUUAAUAUUCAUCACUGAAUCCAAAGCAGCAGUUAGUCCGGUCUAUGAGUGUCAGCUUUUUAAUGACACAUUCAUCUGCACUGGUGCUCAGUACCACAUGUACUGCAACACAAGUACACACUCUUUUCAUUACUCGCGAUAUUACCACCAGUGCACUAAUUAUAAUGACUGUGACUGUCGUGGUAAUGGGAACACCUGUAGAUGUUAUGGUGCCAAUACUUCCUCUUCCUGCUUUUGCCAGAAUUAUGAUAAUAACUCCAUUAUCAGUGCUGCAGUUAGUCCAGUCUAUAAAUGUGGACUUUACAAUGACAUGUACAUCUGCAACGGCGAUCAGUACCGCAUGUACUGCAGUGCAAAUGCAUCUGAUGUUUAUUACACAAAAGAUUAUCAAUACUGCUGGAAUUCUGACAGCUGGUGCUAUGGUGAUAAAUACACCUGUGAAUGCUCCGGUCUCACUUCCUCUUCCUGCUCAUGUGAUAAUUACAGCAGUAACAUCACUAUCACUACAGCAGUUAGUCCAGUCUAUGAGUGUCAGCUUUUUAAUGACACGUACAUCUGCACUGGUGCUCAGUAUCGCAUGUACUGCAACACAAGUACACAUUCUUUUCAUGACGAACGAUUUUACCACCAGUGCAUUAAUUAUAAUGACUGUGACUGUCGUGGUAAUGGGAACACCUGUAGAUGUUAUGGUGCCAAUACUUCCUCUUCCUGCUUUUGCCAGAAUAAUGAUAAUACCAACAUUAUUACUACUGCAAUUAAUUCAGUCUAUAAAUGUGGACUUUAUAAUGACAUCUACAUCUGCACCGGUGCUCAGUACCGCAUGUACUGCAGUGCAAAUGCAUAUGAUUUUUAUUACACAAAAGAUUUUCAAUACUGCUGGAAUUCUGACAGCUGGUGCUAUGGUGAUAAGUACACCUGUGCAUGCUUAGGUCCCACUUCCUCUUCCUUCUCCUGUGAUAAUAACAGCAGUAACAUCACUAUCACUACAGCAGUUAGUCCGGUCUAUGAGUGUCAGCUUUUUAAUGACACAUACAUCUGCACUGGUGCUAAGUAUCGCAUGUACUGCAACAUCAGAACACACUCUUUUCAUGAUGCACGAUUUUACCACCAGUGCACUAAUUAUAAUGACUGUGACUGUCGUGGUAAUGGGAACACCUGUAGAUGUUAUGGUGUCAGUACUUCCUCUUCCUGCUUUUGCCAGAAUUAUUACAAUAACUCCAUUAUCAGUGCUGCAGUUAGUCCAGUCUAUAAAUGUGGACUUUACAAUGACAUCUACAUCUGCACCGGUGCUCAGUACCGCAUGUACUGCAGUGCAAAUUCAUCUUUUUUUUACUACACAAGAGAUUAUCAAUACUGCUGGAAUUCUGGCAGCUGGUGCUAUGGUGAUAAGUACACCUGUGAAUGCUCCGGUCUCACUUCCUCUUCCUGCUCAUGUGAUAAUUACAGCAGUAACAUCACUAUCACUACAGCAGUUAGUCCGGUCUAUGAGUGUCAGCAUUUUAAUGACACGUUCAUCUGCACUGGUGCUAAGUAUCGCAUGUACUGCAACAUAAGAACACACUCUUUUCAUGAUGCACGAUUUUACCACCAGUGCAGUAAUCAUGGCUGUGACUGUCGUGGUAAUGGGAACACCUGUAGAUGUUAUGGUGUCAGUACUUCCUCUUCUUGCUUUUGCCAGAAUUAUGAAAAUAACUCAGUUAUGACUGCUGUUGUUAGUCCAGUCUAUAAAUGUGGACUUUACAAUGACAUCUACAUCUGCACCGGUGCUCAGUACCGCAUGUACUGCAGUGCAAAUGCGUCAGCUUUUUACUACACAAGAUAUUAUCAAUACUGCUGGAAUUCUGACAGCUGGUGCUAUGGUGAUAAGUACACCUGUGAAUGCUCCGGUCUCACUUCCUCUUCCUGCUCAUGUGAUAAUUACAGCAAUAACAUCACUAUCACUACAGCAGUUAGUCCAGUCUAUGAGUGUCAGCUUUUUAAUAACACGUUCAUCUGCACUGGUGCUAAGUAUCGCAUGUACUGCAACAGAAGUACACACUCUUUUCAUUACUCGCGAUAUUACCACCGGUGCACUAAUUAUAAUGACUGUGACUGUCGUGGUAAUGGGAACACCUGUAGAUGUUAUGGUGUCAGUACUUCCUCUUCCUGCUUUUGCCAGAAUUAUGACAACAACUCCAUUAUCAGUGCUGCAGUUAGUCCAGUCUAUAAAUGUGGACUUUAUAACAACAUCUACAUCUGCACCGGUGCUCAGUACCGCAUGUACUGCAGUGCAAAUUCAUCUGAUGUUUAUUACACAAAAGAUUAUCAAUACUGCUGGAAUUCUGACUGUGAGUGCUAUGGUGAUAAGUACACCUGUGAAUGCUCCGGUCCCACUUCCUCUUCCUGCUCAUGUGAUAAUUACAGCAAUAACAUCACUAUCACUACAGCAGUUAGUCCGGUCUAUGAGUGUCAGCUUUUUAAUGACACAUACAUCUGCACUGGUGCUAAGUAUCGCAUGUACUGCAACAUAAGAACACACUCUUUUCAUGACACACGAUUUUACCACCAGUGCAUUAAUUAUAAUGACUGUGACUGUCGUGGUAAUGGGAACACCUGUAGAUGUUAUGGUGCCAGGACUUCAUCUUCCUGCUUUUGCCAGAAUUAUGACAAUAACAACAUUAUGACUGCUGCAGUUAGUCCAGUCUAUAAAUGUGGACUUUACAAUGACAUCUACAUCUGCACCGGUGCUCAGUACCGCAUGUACUGCAGUGCAAAUGCAUCUUUUUUUUAUUACACAAAAGAUUAUCAAUACUGCAGGAAUUCUGACAGCUGGUGCUAUGGUUAUAAAUACACCUGUAGAUGCUCCGGUCCCACUUCCUCUUCCUGCUCAUGUGAUAAUUACAGCAGUAACAUCACUAUCACUACAGCAGUUAGUCCGGUCUAUGAGUGUCAGCUUUUUAAUGACACGUUCAUCUGCACUGGUGCUCAGUACCGCAUGUACUGCAACACAAGUACACACUCUUUUCAUGACGAACGAUUUUACCACCAGUGCAUUAAUUAUAAUGGCUGUGACUGUCGUGGUAAUGGGAACACCUGUAGAUGUUAUGGUGCCAAUACUUCCUCUUCCUGCUUUUGCCAGAAUUAUGACAAUACCAACAUUAUCACUGAUGCAGUUAGUCCAGUCUAUAAAUGUGGACUUUACAAUGACAUGUACAUCUGCAACGGCGAUCAGUACCGCAUGUACUGCAGUGCAAAUGCAACAUAUUUUUCCUACACAAGAGAUGAUCAGUUCUGCUGGAACUCUGACAGCUGGUGCUAUGGUGAUAAAUACACCUGUAGAUGCUACAGUCCCACAUCCCUGUGCUUCUGCACGACUGACAACAAUGAAAUCACAGUAUAUCCCAGUCCCCUUACAACAGGCUUAAAUAUGACUCUGCUGGAAGAAUACAGGAUGGAAAUACUGAAUUUGGUGGCUGUGAUCGUGGGGCUGGUGUUUCUCACUUUGGCCCUGUUGACUUUUGCUUUUUGUCGGUGGAGUCCUGGAGUGAACAAUGUGGCUCGAAUCAACAUCUGCUUGAGUCUGCUGUUGGCUCAUCUUCUGUUCUUACUCACACAACAGUCCCUGAACUACAUACACCCUAACCAGGUGUUGUGUGCAUUGAUAUCAUGGAUUCUGCACUUCUUCUUUCUCUCCUCCUUUUUGUGGAUGCUCAUUGAAGCUGUGCUGCUUUUCAUCUGUGUGAAGAACCUAUCACAGAUCAGCUCCAAACAGAGGGAGGUGCUUAGCAGCAGAUUAAUGAUUGUGAUUGGAUAUGUGAUUGCUCUGGUUGUGGUGGUCAUGUCUGUUGGGCUGGUUCCUGAAGGCUAUGGCAGUGAAAAAUGUUGGAUUAAAAGAGAAAAAGGAUUUAUCUGGAGUUUUCUGGGACCCGUUUGCAUCAUUAUAGCAUUAAACACGAUUCUCUUCAUCAUCAUCAUUGUCUGUCUGAACAAAAACCUGAUUGCUGAAGUUUCACAGAGGAAACAAAUCAAGAUUAUGGUAUUUAAAACAGUGGCCCAAUUUUUGGUACUUGCUUGCCCCUGGAUUCUGGGUUUCUUCACUAAUACCAGUACAGUGCUGGAGAUUUUCUUCCUGAUCUUGAACUCUCAGCAAGGAACCUUCAUCUUCCUGAUCCACUGUGUCCUCAAUAAUGAGAUCAGGCAGCAGUAUGUGGAGUUGUUGAGCACUAUUUUCCCUGGAAUUAAACCCAAAAUCAUCCAAUACCAGGAACAUGCGAACUCGUAAAUUAUGUUCGACUUUUCAUGAGAUUGGGUUGAAAGUGCCCAAAAUCCAUUGAAAACUUCAGUGUCCAUGUUCAGAGAAUGAGAAUGCGUUAUUAUCAUUAUUGGCAUAUUACAGUUCAUUUCAGUCUCAGUGAUUUUCUGUUAAAGUUAGCAAUUAACAUGCAAUACAAGACUUAUUUUCUUUUGAUGUAUAUCUGCUUUCUUUUCUUCUUUUUUUUUUUUUUUACUUUUAUUGUUAAAUACUUUAAUGUUUAUUAUUAUUUCAUUGUUUUAGUUUUUUCUUGGUGGAGGUCCAUGAUGUUUAAGACCGUGUUGUAUUUGAUUUAUGCUUUUUCUUAAAUUGCUUCUAUUAUACGAGAAUAUUUAGUGUAAAAUAGACUGUAGACUUGUCUUUCAGAUCAGGCAGCAGUAUGUGGAGUGGUUGAGCACUAUUUUCCUUGGAAUUGAACCAGAAACCAUCAAAAGUGACUGAAAUCCAUUGAAAACUUCAGUGUCCAAGUUCAGAGAAUUAGAUGCACUAUAGAAGUGCCAUUAUUAUAAAAAUGAUUUAAUCAUAAUUGGCAUGUUACAUUCAUUCUCAGUGAUUUUCUGUUAAUGUUAGCAAUUAACAUGUAAUGCAAGUCUUCUUUUACAGUUGUCAAUAUAUUUUUAUGUAAAUCUACUUUCAAUUACACUUUAAAAAAAAGAAAAUCUUAAAUAUUUAUUAUUUCAUUGUUUUUGUUUUUUCUUGGUGGAGGUCCAUGAUGUUUAAGACCCUGUUGUAUUUGAUUUAUGCUUUUUUCUUAAAUUGCUUCUAUUAUACGAGAAUAUUCAGUGUGAAGUAUCAUUAGUGUGAAGAAUAUAAG